AUGCCUUCGUAUGCAAAAUUUAUGAAGGACAUUUUGUCAAAAAAAAGAAGGAUUGAGGAAUUUGAGACUGUAGCGCUCACUGAAGAAUCAUGCAAAUACCUGACUAAGAUUCCUCCCAAACUGAAGGACCUUGGAAUAUUCACCAUCCCGUGUACAGUUGGGAAGAACUACCUUGGUCGAGCACUUUGUGAUCUGGGCUCGAGUGUAAAUUUAAUGCCAGCUUCUAUCUUCAAACAGCUUGACAUAGGAGCAGCAAGACCAACCACAGUCACUCUUCAGCUUGCAGACCGAUCCAUAGCCAAACCAUUCCUGGCCACUGGUGAUGCUGUCAUAAACGUCAGAAAAGGCGAACUAUCCAUGAGUGUAAAUGGAGAGAAGGUGAAGUUCAAUGUCAUGAAAGCAAUGAAGUUUGAUGAAGAUAGCACUGAGGAAUGCUCUAGCAUUUCAACUCUUGACUUGAUCAUAAGAGAAGAACAGCAGAAGCAGUUGCAGUCAGAAAUAGGCAUGAAGGACUUUGACGAAUUGGAGGAAUACCUUGCGUCCAUUAAUUCCAUUCAUACUGGGGACAAGAAAGAAAGGAUCUUCGAAUCCUUGAACCGAUCGGAGCAAGAGCAAAGACCAAAUUUUCCCUCAGUAGAGCAAUCGCCUACCUUGGAGUUAAAGCCUUUACCUGAACACCUGAAGUAUAUUUAUUUGGGUAAAGAAAACACUCUCCCUGUGAUUAUUUCUUCUUUACUAACCCAUGAACGGGAACUUCAGCUCACACAGAAGCUUAACGACUACAGAGGAGCAAUCGGUAUUGGAAAGAUGUGUCAAAAGCAAUUUAGUGCUGAACUGGGAAAUAAAAAGGAUCCUGGAAAAGGUGGUGAACCCAG